AUGUCGCCAAUACUGACGUUCGAUAGCCUACCACUAGACGUUCUCAUCAAGAUCGCCGAACACCUCGACGUCCAGGACCUUGUUCGACUACGUCAGACGUCCAAAACUCUGUUCAGCAUAAGCUAUGAACGAUCGCCAUGGUCUCAGGUGUAUAGCUCAUCACACUUGCCACGCCCACCCGGCCCGCACCCUGCCCAGUCGCGGAAGGCACUGGAGACUAUCCUCUCUCGGUCGAUGCUGGUCCACAGAAACAUGUUUCUCAAGAACGAACCGUCCUGGACACUCGCGUACGAUGCCAGCACCAGCUCCUCCGGUGAUCCUACGUCUGUGGUGAUGCUCGCGGACAGAUGGGUGGUCGUCCAGUUCCGCAGGCAGACUGUGUGCGUUGAGGUGGACCCUGCGAACGUCCGGGAACAGCUGCCUCGACGUGUAGUGUGGGAGGUCGACGACAGCAGGGAGGAGAAUAACCUGGAUUUGCUGAAUUGUCGGACGUUUUACGCCUACGACGGGCAGAUGCGCGCGUUUCUCGUCCUCGAGCAGUGCGCGAACGAGCGAGAGGUCGAUGAACCGGAGGUAAUCGUGCUCCAGGUUCAUUUCGACGAGGACUGUCAGUGGCCGCGCUUCGAAGCUACCUACCGUACGCACAGUCGCGCCGGGCAAGGCUCUCUUUCCGCCACUGUGACAGUCAGCCCUCAUGUGCUCGUCGUGCAUAUGAUUAAGAACAGAGCGGCGCUGGUAUGGGAUGUUCUGAAGGCUCACGGGCAGCCCGUUACAGUCAAGGACGAUGCAUUCGGGUCGGAGCACGUAUACCAUCUUCCUUGCAGGACUCACUUUCUCACUGUGGUCUUGAGCACGGCUUCCGUGGAGCCUCUCGUGCAAUUAGUCGCAACGCCUCUCUCCGAUACACUCUCCGGCACAAGGCGCAUAACUGCGACAGGGAACAUUGAGGGCUUCUGGCUCAGCGAGGUCGUCCUCUUGCGAGACUCCGUCGUGGAUCCAGGUUCCGGUGUCACCGAUGUGAUUCUUCUGGGCCGACGAUACAGCUACGACACGGACCGCCCGUUGAUGCUAUUCCGAUUGCUUAUACCUCCUCACAGCGCCGCGGGGGGCGCUCCCGCUGAGAUGAUCAUACAGACGCAGACGGUGGCGCCUCUGCCAGCCUUGGCCACGGAUAUCCUGAUAGACUCGUGCACCGGGAGCACGCGCGUGGCAUAUGCGAUUCAGGGCGUGUCAGAGGAGGAGAAUGCGCUGGGCUUGGUGGAGGUGGUGUACGACGAGGAGAAGCGGAGCGCGACCGCUAGGGGGGGUGCUCUGUUCUUUUGAGGACCAGCCGUGGUCAGGAAGGAUAUGCUACAUUUUUCGAGGCGGUGAUGAAGGCAAGCGUAUGAUUCGUAUUUUGGAUUUUGCCCAAGUCGACGCUGCAAUGAGAAUGGGCUGAUUUGGCAGAAGGUCCUUUCAUUGGCAAAGCGUGAGUCGGGACUUGUGUGAGUACUUCAAGUUGAUGUAUAGGUUAACGUUGGUGCGAAAUAUCGCGUUGGUAAAU